AUGACCGCACAGUCAAACGGCGACGGCGAGGGAUCCGGCUCCAGGGUGCAGGCCGUGACAGAAACGGCGGCCUCCCGGGUGGUCCCCAGACCGGUACCAUGCUCGCAGAGCGACGACCCACGGGGCUACCAGCUCGACCAGCUACGGCGACGCUACUCGCCCGUAUGCACCACGGCGGCGGACGGCUCGACAUCCGUCGUCUUCCAGCUCAAGCCGUCGGAUCCAGACUUCCCCUUCGAACUGACCUCUCUGGACUGCGACCUCCGUGUCCCUGAGGGGUAUCCGCGCACGCGGCCGACGCUGCGCGUGCGCAACAAGGACAUCCCGCGGGGCUUCAGCAUCAACGUGGAGCGCGGGUGGGACCGGCUGGCGGACGAGCGUCGGGGCAGCACGCUGCUGGCGCUGACGCGGGCCCUAGACAAGAACCUCGAGGCAUUCCUGUCGGAGCAGAGGGUCGACACGGUCAAGCUGGUCGGGUUCCAGGGGACCAAGGAUACGAGACACGUACGACAGCAGCAAGACACGAGGCCGUCUACCACAGGAGCUCCUCCUGCCGUCACGGAACAGACGCAGCAGCAGCCGGGAGAGGCUACUGCUGCCGCCGCCGCCGCACCCCUCAUGCGAGAGCGGUCGUAUACCAGGGACGAGAUAGCCGAGGCCAAGGCGCGCCGGGCAAGAGAGGUGCGCCAGCUGGAUUCGCGGAUGGGCAAGAUGCCCAUGUUUCGCCGGUCGGCGGACGGGGUCGUCUUCACGCUCCCGAUAGAGCCGAAGCGGCGGACGGAGCUUCCCCGGGGCCUCAUGUCCGUCACGACGGUCCACCUCAUCGUGCCGCUGCUGUACCCGCUGCAGGAGCUUCGUCUGCAGCUCAACGACGUCGUGGCCGAGGAGGCGGAGCCCGUCGAGGACAUGUUUACGCAGAAAUCUACGGAGCUGCGGCAGAUGUCCCUGAUGAGCCACAUCAACUACCUGACGCAAAAUCUACAUGCAAUGGCCAGGAAGGCGCAGACGAUGGCCAAGGCCAAGGCUGACGCCGAGGCCAGAGCGAGGGCAGAGGCGGGAGCGGCUGCGGCUGCACCCCGGGUCGAUACCGCUGCCGCCCAGCCCUCCGAGGAGGACAAGGGCCGCGUCCAGGUCAUCCCCCGCCCUCCGGAGUGGACGACGGCAGACGAUGGAGACUCGUCCGAUGCGGAUUCCGAUGCCGACGACACGGACGGAGACGGCGGCGUGAGUCUAGAGCCAGAGCCGGGCAACGCUCCGGUGGCGGCGGCAGAAGACGCGGCCGAGCGGGGCACCAUGCUGAGCUUCCCGCGCGUGGAGCUACACGGCAUCGAGCUGCUGGAGGUGUCGGUGCUGGGCCUGACGGUCAGGUGCGAGCGGUGCAAGACGGUCAACGAGCUCAAGGGUCUGCGGCCGGGCCAGGAGAAGAGGGAGAGGUGCGAGAAGUGCAGCUCGCCGAUGGCGGCCAGGUUCCGGGCGCAGGCGGUGCACGAGAACUCCACGCGGGCGGGGUUCGUGGACAUGGCGGGGGCCAAGGUGGCGGACCUGCUGCCGAGCACGUUCGUGCCGACGUGCUCGCGGUGCUCGACGGCGGGGCCGGAGCUCGUGUCGGUGCGCGGGGAGGCCAUGACGAACGUGUGCCGCGCGUGCCACGCCAAGUUCACCUUCAAGCUCCCCGAGGUACGGUUCACGGUGGUGACGGCGGGCCGGCCGGCGGCGGACGGCUCGGAGCCGGGCUCGCGGCGCGGGAGGGAGAGGCUGGGGCUCCACGCGGGGGAGCCGCUGCCCAGCCGGGGCGCGUGCGGACACUACCGAAAGUCGUACCGGUGGUUCCGUUUCUCGUGCUGCGGUCGGGUGCACGCGUGCGACAAGUGCCACGACGCGGCCGAGGACCACGAGAACGACUGGGCCAGGCGGAUGAUCUGCGGGUGGUGCAGCCGCGAGCAGAGGUACAGCCCGGAGGCCUGCGGGUUCUGCGGAAGGAGCGUCAUCGGCAGGAAGGGGAGGGGCUUCUGGGAGGGCGGCAAGGGAACCAGGGAUCAGAGGCUGAUGAGCAGGAAGGAUCCGAGGAAGCACAAGAGGAUUGGGGGUCAGGCAUGA